AUGGUGAUGCCGCGGGCAGCGUCAGUGGCGGUGGUGCACCAGUUCUGUUGGACCGGCAAGGGUCGGAAGAAAGCCACGCCCUUCUUCUGUUCGGGAGGCGAGGAGCUGGACCGACAUCAUUUUCGUGCCCCACCAACGCGGCGCCAACGGGGGCGGCACCAGCAGCGGGGGCGGAGCCUGGUGGACAGCAUCAUGUGGCUCAAUCUCGAACAGCAGGAGAAAAAUGGCGAAGAAGGUCAGGACCUUGAGGACAAUGGCGUGUUUUUCAAGUACGUCCGGCUCGGGGCGGUUCGCCUCAACGUCAGCACCACCGGAUACAAGCUCGUUCGCUUGAGCGAAUUCCCGGUGCUGGUGGCCCCGUAUGCGAGGCGGGGAAAGAUGACUAACUGGAAAAGGUUCAUGCACAAGUGCAUCUGGCGCAUGGUUCGCCAUACCACCAGGCAAGAUGCUGCACGAGUCUUCGGGCGUAUUCCCGGGGACGAAGAACGGUCCUCCCGCCAGCUGGUGCCGAGACCGGGGCAGUUACCGAAGAGUCUUCUACGGAGAUCUCCCCGGGGCGGGGAUGGGGAGGUGCGGGGGCGAGGGACAACGGAAUGGCGGCAAGGCCACAUCGCCCACGGCUCGGGCCGUUGUUCGACGCCGGGCGUCGAUUCCGGAAGCUCAUCGGAGGAGGGUGGGGGGGUGAAGGGGGAGGGGGAGGAGGACGAGGAGGAGGAGGACGACGAAGAGGGGGGUGGGGGACCUCAAGUGUCCAGAGCCGAAGAAGGCGUCUCCCGUUGUAGUAGCACGGCCGCCAGCGUUGGCGUCCGCGGCGGUGCUGGGAGUGAUGGCGGGGGUGGUGGCGGCGUUGCAGCUCAGGCUACAGGUGGCCACGCGAAGGCCCCCUCCGUCGAUAGCGGCUGGUGCAAGAGGGGAAGCCGCAGGGGCGUCGCUGGUAAGGGCGUGGCCAAAGAGAGCGCCGUUGGGGCGAUGUUCCGACGCCGGUUGCGCUCCGUGAAGGGAAGCCACGCAGGUGUUGUGUUGGAGGAAGCGGUGGCGGCGGCGGCGGCGGCGGCGGGGGCGGUAUCGGUAGAAGAGGGACGGACAGCGGCGUUGGGAAUGACCCCGGAGGGGGAGGCUACAAUCGCAGAAGAGGCCGGGAAUGACGGCGCCGUUGGUGAUCCCGUUCGCGCUGCUCUGCAAGGCAGCAGUCGCGUCGUUGGUCCCAAGGGCGUAGCGGAGGCGGGGGCUAUCUUCCCGCGCGAUCGCGACGACCGUGGCCACUCCUCGUCAUCGUCGUCUUCUUCUUCCUCUCCCUCUCCCUCGUCGCGUUGUCUGCGACAACAACCACCGGAGGCGGCGAUGCGAAUUCCUGUGGGGAUUCGUGUGGGGCGGCGGCGGCGCUCCCGGGAGGGGGAUAUCGAGGCCGGUGGGAGGGCCGAUGGCGGGGCCGAUGCCGGUGCUCUUGUUGCUGGCGGCAUCGCUGACGUCCGUGUGGGUGUAGGUCGAGGCGACGGCCGUGGUGACGGUGGGCCUCCUCCUUGAGGGUGGCAUUGUUCAAGAAUGAGUGCAUAUCCCUUCCGGCUUCUCGCUCUUCGAAAGGUUAUUGGUUUUCGUAAGCUAUAUGCAAUGUAUUUUAUGGAAAUGACGUGAGGAUCUAUUUUCGUUGGCGCAUCACACUUAGACCCUCAUUAGAGAGGAUGAAGCAUGCACCUUAUUCUCAUUGAUGAUGUGAUGCCAACCUCCCGUGCUGCUUGUCAUUGAUAGCUAAGAUAAUAGACUAAUGUUGGGAAGUUUGCGAAGGUUCGAGUACGGUAGAUCACUUCAGUUGGCUUGAUGUUUGUUUUGAACAUUUGUAUGCUUUUCAUUGGUGUUGCGUGUAUUUUUUCUCGGCCUUCAGUGUCCCAUUCUUGUUAAAGUUUGUGCUGUUUGCCCAGUACGGCGUUCGGUGCUUGGAAAGCACAAUAAUAUCCCAUUGGAUUGUAUUUUACCCUGAUCGUGUUUGACCAAUUGAUUGGGUGCUUCAAUGCGCUUGUUGAAAUCUUCUUCGAACCCCUUGGUUCCGAGGUAGGAGGUGUGCUCGGUAGAUGCUACAAUCGUUUGUCCCUGCAGUCGCGGGAGUGGCCGAAGGUGUAAGCCUCCCUCCUCCUCCUUUAUCACCCCCCGAUGUUGCGAAAACUCCGUCCACACUGUGUAACCUAGCCAUUCGAUUUCUUGUCAGCGACUUUCAACAGUUUGUAUCAGUAGUCUAUGUGCGCAGAUACAGAUGAAGCAAAGGUGGGUUAGUCUGUUCACGAGCGUUGUUCGGGUGCGCGGGACUGGGGGUGGCGGGAUAUUAAGUGUCAGACUGUUGCACUUGUAACAGAAAAAGUAUCAACAUCUGAAAAACAUGAAAAAUUCACCUGAAACGGUCCAAAAGCGAAGCGUGUCCAAAUGGACAGUCCGGAGCAGGGACGUUGGUUUGUAGGCUGGGCUUUGCAUGGAAAGUACCUCUACCGGCAGUCUCGGGAGAGGGGAGGAGACGACGUGUGUGUGCGUUUCGAUAUUACAGUCGAAUGUUGUUCGCGGUAAUGCAAAGAUGAGGGGGCGGGAGAAAGGGGGUGGGUGGGGAGGGGCGGAAGUGUCGUGAUGAGUUGUCGCGGCAGGAAACACUGCCCGAAAGUCCCCAGUGGGGUAUGGGGUAUGGGAUUUGAAUAUGGUCAUUGAAUAUUACUACACAGCAGUACGCACAUUCUUUUGGGGUAUUGUAGCAUGCUUGCGAGUCAGACAUGUGUAUCCUGGUACAUUGAAGGCAGAAGCGUCUGGAUCAACUGAACCAGACUGCGUUAAUCGCACAUGGCAGUGCAGCUCCGAGCGAAAUUUCGAAAAUAUCUGGACGAACGGAAAUCCAAAUCACGGUGUGGUUUGCGAAGGGUUAAGCCGUCGACAGUUCACGUGGGCCUCCUGCAGCUUCUCUGGCCCGAAAGUUCAAUCAGAAAACUGCGGGCACCUAUUGUCUCUCUCUUUGUUACAAGUUCAAGAGUAAUAAUCCCUUACCCCACUGGGGACUUUCGAGCAGCGUUUCUCUCUCUCUUUUUGUGUACUCGAAGACCUCUGCUUGCUGUCCCGUUGGAUCGAUAUCGCUCGUUCUCAUUCUGUUAGCACGCUUUCCAUUAGCAUUGGGGCGUCUUCUAUCGUGAGCCUUGAAUCGUGGGCAACAUAUGUCACACACAAUAUAAAAGUACUAUGGUGCUUCUCUUUGUCGUAUGAACGCCAGCUUUAAUCAGCAAACAUAAUCUCCAUUGAUAGUAAGCGCUUGUAUCCUGGAGCUUCGAUAUCUGCACGGAACAAGUCGCACUCAUUCAAAGCCCACGUUGACGGAGCUCGUCAUGGUAGCAGCUACCACAACCGCACCUCCGCCAUAGCUAUCGACAACGGGGUACCCUCUACGAUAGGAGACACGCAAAUUCGCCCCCCACCAAGGUGUAGUCGCUGGUUUGAAAACGUGAGUUCGUCGAUCGCGACUCCACAGGCUUGCGCGGAAUCAAACUAAGCAACACAUCUUGUGUGUGUACGUCCAAUCGCGUCCAUUGCCCUACUCACCCGGCUGCCUGGUCCCCCCCUCCUAUGCAGAACACCACGGCGUCGACUAUCAGGCACCGCUGUGUGCAGCAACAUUCUUCGAAGCAUCACACGCAAGUUUCCAAGGUACCAACACAAACAACAAAUCACCACAGCAAUACUGCACAUCAGACGCUUGUUGCCUGCCCACCAGGUUGCCGUCAUGCUCCCGGACGUCGCCGUCAUGAAAUACUUUCCAUACAACUCAAACGCUGAGUAGCAACUAUCGCCAUCAGCGCCAGGCUUUCACCACAUUCGGUGCUACGCACGCUGCACAACGUAAUUUUUCGGAGCACGGUGAUAUUUUGUGCACAAACGCACGAUACCGGAACUUGCCGACCUAUACACGCGCAUGAUUCCUUAGACCAUUGCUCCGAACAGAGCGUGCGCUUGGCUUGCGAACCACCCCCCGCUCGAACGAUCCUCGCAAUGACUUCACCACCUCUAGGCCUUGUCCUACAUUUACUCGCCGAACCAUCUCCAACGCGAUAGGACGGGCCCCCUCAAUGACUUCCCGGGGGAUGCAAGAAACUAACGGCAACAGCGAAGAAACAACCAUAAACGUACAGAGGCAGCAGGAAAAGCUGCCCAUAAUGGUGCGCGUUGGACACGGCGCCACCACACCGCCAUCAUCGGCUGGCCCGCCUCCUCAUGAGCGCCAGGUACCGAGCGUGCAGCAUGUCCACGAAGCGGUCGUCUUCCAUGAGCGACAUGAGGGUUACCUGGAGCGCUCGUUUGUCCAACAGGCCGGCGGGUUGCACAUCGCCACCGCGGCUGGCCCCGCCGUCGCCGCUUCGAGCCACCGCUGUUUCCUGGCUUGCCUGGUUUCCGCCGCCGCCGCCGCCACCUCCGCCUCCGCCUCCGUGGCUUCUCUCGGUGACAGGAGGCCCGGUCGCCUUCGCGCCAGCACCCGCAGGCGCGUCGCUUGCUCGCCGCCUUCCGGCGCCAGCAGCAGGAGCAGCAGGAGCAGCAGCGGCCAAGUUGCCGCUGUUCUGGCCUUGCACUUGACGGUCACCGGUACCACCAUGCGGCUUGCUGCUCCGUUCGGCGCCUCUCGCCUCCGAGUUCUCGGCCGCUACCCCUGGCGCUGCGGACGCGGAAUCUCCAUUUUUUCUGGGUUUCACCGCCGCCGCCGCCGCUGCCCUUGCACCGCCCGCAGCAGCAGCCACGGCAGUACCGCUGUUGCUGAUGCCAUCACCUCCCCGCUGGCUUGCAGCCGACGAAGUACGGCUGCCGCUGCUGGUGGUUGUGGUCCUGUUCUCCGCCGAGAGCAGCAGCUGCGACGGCGUGAGGAGCAUGCUCGCCUCCCGCGCGGCGGCGGUAGCGGCGGCGGAUAGAGGCGGGGCGCGCAAGCGCGAGCCUCCUGUGGCGGCGGCGGUGGCGGCGGUAACGGUCGUGGUGGAUCUGCCUGCCGCGGGAUUGGUGUUGGCGGUGCUGUCUCUCGUGGGACGGACGCCGGCGGCGUGGACCGGUCGGGGGAGACCGGCGUUUUCGGGGGGGGUGUCGCCGUUUUCGCCGGUAGCUUGUUGUAGCUGUUGCUGUAGCUGCUGCCGUCGCUGCUGCUGUUGCUGUUGCU